AUGUUUAUUGUAACAAACUUGUUCCUCUUACUACAGUUUGUUUCUGCUCUACAUGGUAACUCUGAAUUCGCAGGAGAUGUCGCGUACGGUCUGCUACAGACGGUCUACGCUUUGAAUCCCAACAGAGUCAGCAAACUGAAGCCUUACUUUGAUUUGGGACGAGCGAAUGGUUGGUUUUUCAUUGUAAAAUUAUUCAUCUUGGUGUUUCGGUUCUACAAUUGAAGUAAUUUUAUGCCUUUUUGAAAAUGUUUGCUAAACUAGGUAUCAUUACAUUAUUUUAGGUAACAAAAUUGAAGGAAAACCAAUUCACAGCACUGUAAAAACUACUACAACUACCAAGAUACUACCAAUGACAAUAAAACCAACAGAAACAACUAAUUUAUCCAGCUUAACAUCAACUCCCAAAUUAAAUUCGACAACAAAAACGUCUAAAAUUACUGUACUUCCUACUACAACAAAAGCGCCUAAAAUCCAUCAUAAUAAGCAUUAUCAAAAUAGCACCAAAACACGACGACCUCAUGAGCACAGAAAAACCAAAGAUCACCAAAAACAUACGGUAAUCAAUAAUACUGUACCUAAAUCUACAGUAACCAACCAUACAAUACCUGCUGUAACCAAACACAAUCUUACACUGCCAAAACUGAACUCAGUCGCAGCAAAAGUCAAAAACAAGAUUCGAGUAGAGGAAAUGACGACGUUAACCACGAAGAAGAUCGACAUCAGGACAAAGAUACCUACAACAACAUCGCCUUCAGAAGACCUAGACGAACAUGUUACGAUUAGUGAAGCGACGACAAGACGAACCACUAAAGACAUGUUGAACUGUGAAGGUGAAUGGUCCGACUGGUCGAAUAUGGGCAAAUGCAGCGAGGAGUGCGGAUCGUGCGGUGUGAUUCAGAGGUUCAGAACCUGUUUGAGCUACAAAAAUGGCACUGGAUGUCCGUGCAGGUAAUGUUUUAGGUAACGUAUCUAGUUCAAAUAGAUAGAUGCCCUCCCUCGAAGCAACUUCUUGAACUUUGCAAACACAAAAUUACUUGAACAACCUACUAUAAUAUCAAAGUUGAAAUAUAUAAAUCCAUGAGCUUUCAAAGCAAAAUCUUGUCACUAUACAUAACUUACGUGAACCUUUUAUAGCGGACAAUAUAAAACAAUACGAGCAUGCAAUGUGAAGCCAUGCAAAUUCCCCAAACCUUCAUGUUGUCCACCUUAUGAUCUGAUGUAUAAACAUGAGCAAUUCUGGUGUGGCCCACAAGACGAAGACAUUAUCGAGGACGCUUUGAAAGAUUCUGCGUGA